AUGAGGUGUCCUAUCGUGUCGUCCAUGUCUUGGCCGCAGUUGUCCUCAUCAUCGCUCACUUCGUGGACAAUGGACUCCAUGUUUGCGUCCGAUUUGUUCAUCGAAGACACUCUCUUCAGCUCUGUGUCCGUCGAGUCUAUCGAAGAGGUGACGACCAGUGAUAGUGUUGUGUCGGUGUCUGCAUCGCAUCCGUCCACCGAAGCUGAGAGUCGAAUCGUGUCUGACAUGAAGCCGAAGAGACCGCGCGGACGACCGAAGACCAGCCAAUCAGAAGAACAACGACAGCAAAGGACGAAAGCACUUAACGUUAUGGCGGCCAACAGAUACCGGCGCCGCAAGAAGGAGGAGACCAUCAGUUGGCACAACAGACUCGUCGUAGAGAAGAAUAGCAACGAAUGGCUGCGGAAGAAGGCCUUUGCGGACAACAUGUGGUCAUCGGACGUGUUGUCGACAUUGUCUGCAAAUCGCGACAAAAUCCACUUAAUUGUGGCCACAGUUGGCGCCACCCUUACGGCCAUCAAGUUAUACGAUCUCUACGACAAUGAUCUCCGUAUGCAUUGA